UGCCCCAGGGCCCCACAACAUGUCGGGGCGGCGGAUGUGGGGGAUGGGCUCCAAGAGGAUGAGCGGUGAUGGAGGAAGAGUCCGCUACACCACCUACCACGGCGCCAACGAGGACGAACUCGAAGACAUCGCCGUCGUGUCCAACGCUGACCCGGGCCAGGUCAAGUAUGGUUCCGGCCCCAUCACCGCCAACGGUCCCCGGGUCAUUCCAGGGAUCAUCACUACACAGCGAAUGAGUAUGUCCGGUAGUCGCCUUAACACAGGCUCCCCCGUCUACAUCGAGAAACCUCAGGGCUCCCUCAAGGGUAAGUCCGUCUCCCGCCAGUCCCUGCUCGACAUUGUAUCCUCCAAGAUCAGCAUCGGCAGCAGGAAGCGGUUCUCCAGAGAGUCCUUCUCGGCGUCCUACGUUAACCGCGCCCAUGUGGCCUCCGAGCUCGACAUAAGCCGGAAGACUCGGGAGGCUCGCAAGAAGGAGAUCAAGAGCCGGUUUAGUAAAGUGGAUAAGUGGGAGUCGAGCACCAGUAGUUCGGAUAAGAAGACGGGGUGUAGAUGGACCUUUGUAUUCGACCCGGCGGGGAGACUCUGUUACUACUGGUCUCUGGUUGUGUCGUUAGCAUUUUUGUACAAUCUGUGGGUGAUGGUGUAUCGCUUCGCCUUCCAAGAGAUUACCAGAAACAGUAUUCUUGUUUGGUUUUUGUUGGAUUAUUUCGCUGAUCUGAUAUACGUUUUAGAUAUCCUGUUUCACUUCCGGACCGGGUACCUGGAGGAUGGGGUGUUACAGACUGACUCGCGCAAAUUGAGACAACAUUACAUGAACUCCACUACCUUUUACGUUGACUGUUUAUGCUUGUUACCGUUAGAUUUCUUGUAUUUAUCCAUAAACUUUAAGUCCAUAUUGAGAUGUUUUCGCUUAGUGAAGAUCUACAAGUACUGGCACUUUCUAGAUAGAACUGAAAGACACACCAACUCUCCCAACCUGUUCCGUUCCAUCAGUCUUAUACACUACCUGUUGGUCAUCUUUCACUGGAACGCUUGCCUCUUCUAUAUCAUCGCCAAGAACGACGGCUUCAGCUUCAAACCCCAGUUCGUCUAUUCCAACAACGCUUCUGAAGACGUGGUUCUCGAAUACCUUAAAGUCUUUUACUGGUGCACCCUCAGCCUCACUACCAUCGGAGGUAAUCCAAUCCACGAAGAUCCAGGUAACAGAACGCGACACUUGGCGACCCUUAACACCCGCACCAAAACCGACUACCUCUACCAGAUCGCCCAGCUUAUGUUUGGUCUUCUCCUAUUCGCCACCGUCCUCGGCCACAUCGCCAAUAUCGUCACCAACGUUUCCGCCGCCAGGAAGGAAUUUCAAGCCAAGCUGGACGGCGUCAAGACUUACAUGCGCAUGCGCAGAGUCCCGGCACACCUGCAGGCGAAAGUGAUCAAGUGGUUCGAUUAUCUGUGGCUGACGCAGAAGUGCUCAGACGAGGAGAAGGCCGUCAGCUGUUUACCAGAUAAGCUGAAGGCGGAGAUGGCUAUACACGUACACUUGGACACGUUGAAAAGAGUUGAGAUCUUCCAAAACACAGAGGCGGGCUUCCUGUGUGAGCUAGUUCUUCACCUCCGACCUGUUCUCUUCUCCCCCGGCGACUAUAUCUGCAGGAAAGGGGAGGUAGGCAAAGAGAUGUAUAUAGUCAACCGCGGUAAGCUGCAUGUGGUGGCGGACAACGGCAAGACCAUGUUGGCUACACUGAAGGCUGGCUCAUACUUCGGCGAGAUCUCCAUCCUCAAUAUGGGCACUGCAGGUAACAGACGGACGGCGUCAGUCCGGUCGGUGGGCUACAGCGACCUCUUCGUGUUGUCUAAGAAGGACAUGUGGGACGUGUUAAAGGAGUACCCCGCCGCCAGGGUCAGACUCGAGGCCAUCGCAGCCAAAAGACUCGAAAAGUACAAAAAAGCCCCGCUGGAGAAAGCCGCCAUGGGUCGGAGUAGCUCCACCCCUGGCUUGGUCGAGUCCACCGGCAGAGUGCCCCUGGAGGAGAUGUGGCUGCCCCCAGUGCCCCCAAUGAAGUUGCCCCCGCCUUGCCCCACCCCAGGCUACAGCCCCGCUACCAGUCUCAGAUCCCGGGCGCACCGAUCCCAGACGUUGGAGUCAGAGAGAUUCACGCUGGAGUCUGCCUUGAGUGACUCCUCGUCUAGACAUUCUACUGACGACGACAAGGGUACCCACACCCUCCAGCACCCGUUCAUCCAGGGCCCCCCACCACACUCUGCAGGCACCACGGCCAGCGUCACCUCAUACGACAGUGCGGACAAGAGAUCAACCAUCACCUCCCCUAGCAACGUCAUGUCACCGGUUACAUCACCCAACUACGGAUCGUCAGGGGUGGCGUACACUCUACCAGUGCCGCCGCCUCUCACUGACCACAGCACUUCCCCUGCUUCUGACCUGGGCCUCUCACCUGCCUCUCUGAUUGUUACUCCAGGUAUGCUACAAGGAUCACAUAGUGCAGGGGCCUUAACUCGGGAUUCCUCACCUCAAGAACUCCUGCUGGGAGAAAUCAGACGUCUACGGGAACGCCUGGUCAGCUUGGAGACGGAGAAUGCCACUAUGACCAUGAAACUAACGCAACAGCAGUGGGAGGUUGAACAUAGGUUACACGAGAUAGAGCUUCAGUUGUGUCCGAAUUCGAGUAAUACCUCUAGCGCCGAUGACAAUGAGAGGAACCGCGAGAGUAUUAUUUAGAAUGGUGUUACUGUACUUGGUGUGGAGUGUUGACGGUAGAGGAAGUUAUUAGACAGGUACAGACAGGUGUUAAGUUGUUAUUAGACAGGUAUAGUGUUAUUAGACAGGUACAGACAGGUGUUAAGUUGUUAUUAGACAGGUACAGAGGGUGUUAUUAGACAGGUACAUACAGGUGUUAAGUUGUUAUUAGACAGGUACAGAGGGUGCUAUUAGACAGGUACAGCAGGUGUUAUUAGACAGGUACAGAGGGUGUUAUUAGACAGGUACAGCAGGUGUUAUUAGACAGGUACAGCAGGUGUUAUUAGACAGGUACAGACAGCGGUUAGUAGACAGGUAUAGUGUUAUUAGACAGGUACAGAUGGUGUUAUUAGACAGGUGUUAUUAGACAGGUACAGGCGGUGUAAUAAUAGGCUUGUGAACUGUGUAUACAUGAUUUCAGAAGAUGUUAUGGACGGUGAAAUUGGACAGUAACACCAGCAGCAACACUGAGAGCGACAGAUAGAGAGAGAGACGGAAAGAGAAAGAGACAGAAAGUGAAAAUAACAGACAGACAGAGAAUGCAGGUGUGACAGUAUUGUGUAGAGGUGUGACAGUAUUAUGUAGAGUUGUGACAGUAUUAUGUAGAGUUGUGACAGUAUUAUGUAGAGUUGUGACAGUAUUAUGUAGAGUUGUGACAGUAUUAUGUAGAGUUGUGACAGUAUUAUGUAGAGUUGUGACAGUAUUAUGUAGAGUUGUGACAGUAUUAUGUAGAGUUGUGGCAGUAUUAUGUAGAGUUGUGGCAGUAUUAUGUAGAGGUGUGACAGUAUUAUGUAGAGUUAUGACAGUAUUAUGUAGAAGGCGACGAGAAAAUGCCAUGUAGAACAGGGUGAUCCAACCACCUUUGCUUAUUUCAUUUCCAUAUAUACAUGCCCUGGAUAGCUAAAAAAAAUGCCCUGGGUAGCUAAAAAAAAUGCCCUCUCAAGUAGCCAUCGGAGCUCUAUCUGUCUAUUGAGUCGCUAUCCAUUAUUUGGUAGUCCUGAAAGAGAGGAAACUGAACAUAUAUCAAGAGGAGACGAACAGAGAUAAUUGAGAAUAAGAAGAAAGAGGGAUAGAAGUCAUAGAAAACGUACAAGUUAUACGGUAGAGAAAACGUAUAAAAGGGGGGACUGAAAUAUAAUUGUUAGAAAUGGAAAAUGAAAGAUCGUGAUGAAUGUAAUGAGUGAUAUACUAAAUUGAUAGAAUAAGGGAGAAAAUAGAGAAGGGGGAAUAAAGCAUAAUAGACAGAAUAUGUGUUAGAAAGUGUGAUGUUAAUAGGAGGAAUUGGAUAAAUUAAUGAAAGGGAAGAUGGAGCAUAAUAUAUCGAGUGAAAGUAAAAUGCAGCACAGUACUGUAGUUAAGUUGGAGGUAUGUUAUAUGAGGGCAAGACGGGCAGCACACUUAUAAUAGUAAUUUAUAGAAAUUUCAAUACUUACAUGAAUUUCCUAUUACACUUAACGCCGUCUUCAUUUCCAAUAUUUUUUUAUAAUACCUGUAUAACGUAAAUCAUAUUUUUACAUAGUAUUUAAUAAAAACAAAGUAAAAUCACUACCUUUUGACGUUGUGCCAAAAAUUAACCUUCUGAAUUUUAGUGAUAUGUAGAAAGACUUUAGAAAUCUGUUUAAGCACUGCCACAUAUAUGCAUAUAUAUAUAUGUACUGUAUACAGCGUGUGUAUAUUUUUUCGUUGAAUUAAGUGAACACUACUAAAGAGUAAACACAUAUUCUAGAUUUCAAAAAUUGUGUCUUAAAAUAACCAUCAUCAUAUCAUAGGAGUUUAUGAACGGUUUAAAACACAUAAGACAUACAUUAUACAUAACAGUGGCAAAUUAUAACACAAUUAAAAAAAAACACAAUUUAUUAUGUACAGAACUUACUGUAUGUACAAGUGAUGUGCCAAAAAUGUACAAUUUAGAUUUGUGCCAGAACGAUUAUUCGGGUGUUCAGCGAUUUUCUGAACUAGUACAAGAAUUAAAUACAUUCUGAAUUGUCAAGAAAGUAUAGAGAGAAUUGAAUGAUUGAUGGUUACACACAUAACAAAUUGUCUCAAAGGUAAACGCAUGAUAGUAUGUCGAGCGAUACACCACUGUGUAUAAUGGAGGAAAGAACAAGUAUAUCUGCUGAAAGGUUAUACCAAAUUGUACAUUGAAAGAAUAUAUUCCAGACUGUAGUAUAUGUUCAAGAUUUAAACCAAAUUGUAUAUCUCGUAGGAUAUCAGUAUACCUGUACUGUAAUUUGCAUGUUAAAGGGAUAUAUAUAAAUACCUGUACUACCUUGUAUUUUGUAAGGAAUAUAGUCAAUUAGGUUGGUGGGUUAUAUGAAAUUGUGUGUUCAGAACUAUACUGUACCUGUUUUAGCCACUGUCAACACCACCUUAUAUACCUGUCUAAAUUACUACCUGUCAAACACACCUCUUCUCCACCUCUCUCUCUCUCUCUUCUCUCUCUCUUACUCUCUACCCCUCUCACUACACAUCUCACUACAUAAUGAAUCAGUCAUAUCUAAAUUUGGAAAUACCAAUAAUAGAGGAUCCUAGCGUGGUGAGGCAGGGCAUUACCUCCUGGCGUUAAGGGCCUGCGGUGUGAUGAGUAAAUGACGCGUUCGUUUAUAUUUUAGUUUAAAGAGGAGUAAUUGAGUCUUUGGUGACGUGGUUGAGGCUGUACUUAAACGUAGAUAGUCAUGUGGUCAUCAACGAGGUGCUUGAUAUGUUGAUGACGUUGUUGAGUCGUUAAUGAGGUGGUUGGAGUGAUUAACGACAUGGUAGGGGGGAGGGGGUUGUUAAAACGCUCCUUGAAUUGUUGACCUAAGUUGUUUUUUUAGCCAUAAUUGCAACACAAUCAUCCCAAUCAAUUUUUUAAAUAUAUAAAUAUAUAUAAAUAAAUAAAUACAUAUAUAUAUAUAUAAUAUAUAUAUAUAUAUAUAUAUAUAUAUAUAUAUAUAUAUAUAUAUAUAUAUAUAUAUAUAUAUAUAUAUAUAUAUAUCUGUAGUAAAGCUGAGUGCCGUGAACAGCUGGGUUAGACCAGUUGUGUUAUAUCCCACGGUGUUCUCACUGUAGACCAGUUACUACAAUAUCCACGCCACCUGUACCCAGCGUUAUUACCUCUUGUCUUCUGCUGGCUGCUGGAAGGAAGAUAAAUACACAAACUUAAGAGAAUGAACAGUGAUUAUUCUCGAUAACCCUGCGGCGUGUUUGGUUCCUGAGGUUGGUGGCUCGCGGCUGUGUAUCAAGUGAUUCUCGCCCUUUAGUACAGCGCGAGGACUAGCCAAAGAUAAUCUGAAAAGAUGAUUAUGCAGUGUAUAAGAACAGCUUGAGUAUUAAGCGGUUUACUGCAUAUAUAUUAUCUCUCAUGUACAGGAAUAGCUCUAUGAGUUUACAGAAAAUAUUUAUGGCGUGGGUACACAAGAUGUGCUCAAAGUCAUCGGUCCAUUUCUUUACGUUUUUCCCGCCACAACAAUUAGGUGAUGAUACAUGGUGGCGAGUGAGUGUCCUCCAAGACGUAGUAAAUGUAUGCACAAUCACUUAUGUGCACCUCCAGAGUCGUCUUACGCAUCGGUGAAGUGAUGCACAUCUCUUGUCCUCGCGCCACAUGUCUUUAUAGUUAUUAAAUAUAUAUGUAACUCAUAUAGUAUUUUCUAAUACCGGCCUAGGACUGAUACAGACUUGGGUCACAGCGCCGUUCUGUUGUUUGUAAGUCUCCUUUUCUACAGUAGAGUUUUCUUAUUGUUAUAAAUAUACAUAUAUAAAUAAAUAUAUAUAUAAACAAAAAUAUAUGGUAAUAGAAUUGCAGUAUUUCAUGGAAUAUAAAUACCGUGAAUAACUUAUAUCUUGGGCGGAGUGCCAACCUUCUCCUUAAUGCAAGUGUGCCAUUAUACUGACGGUGGGGAGGACCUUGUGGUGGUGUUAGUGGAUGUGGCGGUGCUGACCCAGGCCACCCACUGAUCCUACAGAACUCAGAGCCAGGCCAUCACAAGGUCUCCUGCGGUAUAUAACUUUCAAUGUUGAAUUUUUUUUUAUUGAAUCACUUGUUUACGCCCGACUUAACCUGGAGCUUGUUAGCCAUUCCUUUUGAGGCUCACUACACUACACUAUUCAGUAGACUAAUAAUCAUGUUUAAGCUCUUGUUAAUGUUAACCUUUUGUUUGUCUUAGGCUUUUUUGACAUUUGAUAAGGUUAUAUAGUCUGGAUGGUUCGUAGAGUAAGGAGGAGGUAAUUAAGUUUUAUUUCAAGUAUGACGAACUUUAUCCACGAAAAAGAACAAUGGUUUCACAAACUAUAUCGAUGACCAUAUUCCAAAAACACAUUUGAUUCCAUCCAUGCACGCGAGACGAAUUAUUUGAGUGAAGUUAUGAUUUUGUCAGAUCUUAAUACCAAUUUUUCCCGCCAAAUAUGUCAGUUGUUUCACAAAGUUCCCGCCAAAUGUAGUGAUUAUUUCUUGUAGUGUGUGAGACGAUUGUCAUGUGUAUGGCAGGAAGGAAGCCGCCGGCAAGUUACUGUGGGGGAGGUAUAGGGCGCUCUACAAAUACAAUAUAACCAUGAUAUCAUUUAUUGUAAAUUUACAACUUUAAAUACUUUUGCUAGGAAAUUUUUGAGAUAUUAGAAAUUAUAAAAAAUAUAUAUAUGAAUGCAGUCCAUGGUUGCCAGUUAUUGUAAGGCACUUCAAUAUAUAAAGUUCAAUCUUUUAACAAUCUUUUAACGAUCUCAUAAAGUAAUUAGGAUAGUUCAUCUUUUUAUACAUUAAUUUCAAACACAAGAAAUUAUUGAAUUUGAAAGUUAUGUCCAGUUGCCUUAGUGGCUAAUUAGGGUCACCUGAAAAUUAACCCUCAGCACAUUUCACCUGGUGAUUAACCACCUUAACGCUAACGUAACCUAUCCUAAUGUUAACAUAACUUAAUCCAAACCUAAUGUCACCAAAACCUAAUUUAAUGCUAACCUAACCAAACGUAACCAAAGCUAAUUUAACCUAAUGGCUAACCUAACAACCCAACCUAGCGCUAACCUGACAACCCAACCUACCGCUAACCUGACAACCCAACCUAGCGCUAACCUGAAAACCCAACCUAACGCUAACCUGACAACCCAACCUAGCGCUAACCUGAAAACCCAACCUAACGCUAACCUAACCUAAAUUAACCCCUAUGUAGCGUUAUGGUGUUUAAGCAAGUGAAAUAAACUGUAGAGGUUAAUCUACAGGUCAUUCGCUAAUUACUGUAUUAUAUUUAUUAAAGAAUCGUGACCAGUUGACGACAGUGAAGUUCAGCUGGAGUACAAUAAACACAAUAACUAUUACAAUAUCUCGUAAAAGUGACUCAUACAAUUCUCUCGAAGCUUCAGCACAAAUAGUUAUCUCCGUAGUGGUGUGGCGACUCACUGACUCACCACCACACUGACUCAUCUCCACACUGUGACUCCCCUUCAUGCUGAUUCACACGACCGCAUUGACUCACCUCAAGACUGACUCAUCUUCAUACUGACUCACCACCACACUGACUCACACACUAAUUCUCACCAACACGGAAAAGCUUAGACCCCGUACGAUAUCUGACACUAAUCCGUACUCGUUAUACCUUAUAUCAGAAUAAAAGUUAAUGAAGAUCAACCACAAAAAAAUAAAUAUCAAGAAAUAAUAUCAAGAUUACACUAAUAUUUUACCUUAAAGUACAUAACAGUCACGCAUUACCAGACGAAAUUAAGGCAAGACGUUAUAAAUAUUGUGUACGUCAAUUUUGUCUCCUUGCUGGUGAUAAAUGAAUGUAUGCAGUUAAUGUAAAGUUUUUGUUUGAUGUUUUACUAUUUUUAACAUAUCUUUUAUCUUGCGUUAAAUUAUUAAGUACGUACUUUCUUGACAUUUUCUGAAAUAUACAUCAACCAAUCAAUCGGGUACUGUCAUUAUGCCCCAAACUUAACUUAACCUAAAAAGUCUAGUAUCGUGUAAAACAACACUUUGUAAGGGUAGGUUAUGAUAAACUGAUUUGUUAUCAUUUACAAUAUCUAGUUCAUUAUAACAUAGAUUAUAAUAACUUUUUAACGCAGGACAUAAAGUAUAUCUCUCAAUAAUAAUGAUCUAAGAAGUCGUACGAUAACUUCACCUCCAGACUGACAGAGUAACUCACCAUUGUUCUGUGCUAACUUUUUACCAGGACAUAAAACAAUUUUAUCUGCCAUAUGACAAAACCUUGAUGAAUUUUAAUGUUGCUCAGCCCAAGGCAAUCCUAUGCAAGUGUAAUAUAUACAUAUUCAGUGAAGUUAACUGUGAAUAUAAAUUGUAAGAAUGAAUUUGUGGUUUGUUAUAGACUCAAUGAAAGUAUUUGUCUGCGUAGCGAGACUUGAGCGGCUUCGUUGGGUUGCGGUCCUAGACGAUAUAAUUACAGUAUUAGUGUAAAACAAAGGAAUAUUUUGAGUCGAAAAAAUUUACUUUGUGUAAGAUCCUAUUAUAAUUCGAAGUGACUGUAAUUUGGUAAGAAGAUUCAUUUCACUACUGUACUUGCACUAGUCAUCAGUACCUGUUUGGGGUGGUAGGAGGGUCAACACCUGACACUGAACAGCCAUCCACAGGUAGGGUAUCCGUGCUGUAGUAUUUGGUUCAUUAUACUAUGACCCCCAAACACGAGCGUAAGUCAGGUCAUGAGACACCCCAUGCACUAAACUGUGAUUAUUGGUCAUUGAUAACAGGAAGAAUACCUUGUUGAUAAAGUAGCAGGAUUUUUAUUGGCUAAAAUUCAUACCCGUCUGUUAGUGAUUAUAUCUCCUGGGACUGCCAAGUAGGAGACAAGAGUUACACACCCCUGGCUGGUAGUUAUUGUAUAAAAAUAUAAAAGUUCUACAGUGUUCUUGACAAGGAGUGUACUGUACCCGUGUAUAAACAGUAUAUUUAUUAACGAGCAAUAUACAAUAGUGUUAUUGUUUAUUACAGUAAUCCUAAUUUAAGUGUUAUAUUGUCAUGUCAGGACUCAUUAUUAUUAUUAUUUUAAGUUUAUUCUUUUUUAAUAUCAAUAAAAGAGUAAGAACUCCCCCACACACUUCAUGUUCAGUACAGUAUGAUGUAAUGUACUGAUUUCCCACACACAAUAACAGUACAGAGUGUGGACAGUACAUGAACUAAACCCCAGUUGAGUCCACUCAAGUAUUAUUAAUAUAGAGUCAAAGUCCAUUAACUGUGCUGUCGUGAACCUGUGUUGAACCCUUACUGGCAGUGAGGAGUGCUGCCACUCGCAGCCGUGGUUACUAUGUCAUCUUUCAUGACAGUUUCAAGUUGAAGGGACAACUACACCUUUGUGCUGAAGCUUGAGAGUCACGCCUACCCUUACCACACCUCAGUGGAUGAUAUAGGUAAGGGAACUGUGUUAGCUAACUAAAAAGCCAGAUCUGGUUCUCAACUCAAUAAUUAUUUCAUGUGAUAACUAAGUAUAACUUGCCUCCAAUAUUUUUUAUAUACGCAAACGCUUUUCUCGGAAUAUUACGCGUAAACUUCUUAAUAAAAUCUUCCAGCUUCGAAUCUCCGUUUAUAAAGAUGGUUUCUAUGAAAUCGAUAAUUCGCCUUCUUACUCUUCUUCGCUUCACCGCAACACUCUGCUUUCUCUUAUUGUAUUAUUGUUGACGAAAACUUCACUAAUAUUUUGUUCUAACUUUUGAUAAUAAUUCUAACUUUUUAAUUAAUAUCCGUCUCUGUGUGGGUGGUUAUGAGUUAGUGUUGACCAUAGCAGCGACCACUACCUGACGCCGUGUUAGUUGUAUCAAGACCCGCGCAAGUUACGGUCACAGUAGAGUAUUAUCAAGACCCGCGCAAGUUACGGUCACAGUAGAGUAUUAUCAAGACCCGCGCAAGUUACGGUCACAGUAGAGUAUUAUCAAGACCCGCGCAAGUUACGGUCACAGUAGAGUAUUAUCAAGACCCGCGCAAGUUACGGUCACAGUAGAGUAUUAUCAAGACCCGCGCAAGUUACGGUCACAGUAGAGUAUUAUCAAGACCCGCGCAAGUUACGGUCACAGUAGAGUAUUAUCAAGACCCGCGCAAGUUACGGUCACAGUAGAGUAUUAUCAAGACCCGCGUUAGUUAUGCUACGGCAGCGCAUGUUACCACCAGACCAAAAUAACUUACACACCACUGUACGUCUUCCCGCCAAGAUAAUUAUUUAGAAUGUCUGUGAAUUUUCAUGUUUUCUCAACCUAACCCAGAUUACCUAACCUAAGAUCUUAAAACUAAACUUAACCAGAUAAUCCGAACUUAACCGAAUUGAACCCUAUCUAAACUAACAUAAUGCUAAUGAUGUAAUCUAACCUAACUUGUUAUCUUAAAUUAACCUAAAUUAUGUAACUUAAACUAACCUGAUCAUAUCACUGUUACCAACCUCGUGUUUGCUUGUGUGUGUUGUCCAUAUUGUGUGAAUAAUUUUGUGCCAUUGUAAUAGGAAUAAGUGUUACCAAUCCAAUGUGAAUCAGUGUGACGUAUAGGUUUAACCAACCUAGUGUGAGCCAGUGUUACCAAAACAAGGAUACAAGACACCCAAAUCAACCACAAUCGAGUGAUCACUGUACACCAUGUUUUUGGUUGACAUAAUAAGCGGAAUGUCUGGUUGACUGCCUGCGGUGAACUUGACUAGUUUACCGGAUACAUCUGACUUGUGGUUGAGAGCUACGGUUAAUAGUAUGGUUGAAUGAUGUUCAUUAGUGUCUUGGUUGGUUGUGUGGGUGAUAGUUAUUACUGUUAUGGUUGACAGUGUGAUGGUUGGUGGUGGUAAUAUUAUGGGUUAAGAUUCUCUCAUUGCUGCAGCAUGUGACCAGAUACGAAGUCUUGGUACAGUCGCCGGGUGAAGUGGUUGUUGCCGAUGUUAAUGCUAUAACAAACUACUGUACAGUGACAGUUGUAGCCUCCAGCACAGAUGACAGUUUUACCAAUAAUUCAUUCAAUCAUUUUUAGGACGAUAUAAUGCUAGUUUAAUUACGUAAAAGUUGGGCGUCCUUAGUGGGCAACACCGCUUAUGGUGGGGUGGGGGAGUUACCAGCUAGUACUGUAAUGUUAGUUGAAUAUGUCAACUCACAAUCAUCUUAUUACUGAAUUUUUUAAAGCAACUGGCAAUCCUUCCCCACAAGUUCUGUGAAUUUUUGAGGAUUAUGACUUUGUAAGAAGAAGGUGGCGUUCCCUAGGUGGGAGAGAGACGGUGGUGGCGAGCGGUGGUGUACUGCCGCAUCGCCACGCACAUCCUCCUGCCCCUUGGGGUACUGUUAUGCAUGCAUGUGCCAUUUUAAUUUUUGGAAUAAAAACGGAAAUGAUCAA